AUGGCUUCCGAUUAUUUCGGGUGGAUGCGAGAGCCGGGGUCCGUCGGCUCCACCUACGAGGACGAGGAGACUGGGCUGAUGGCGAGCAUAUCAGGACGGUUGAAUUCAGCGAGCCAAUUUUACGACGACUUUACCAUCCCCACCUCCACCUGGAUCCAGUUCGCGGUCUUUCUCGGUUUGGGAUUGCUUUUUCUGUUCCUCUCCAGUCUGGCGCUCCCGUUUCUGGUCGUGGCGCCGACCAAGUUCGCGUCGCUCUUCACACUCGGGAGCUUUUUCUGCCUGCUCAGCUUCAUCAGUUUGCGCGGCUGGGACCGGUUCAGGACACACGCGUUUGGGACCGCCAAAAAGACGACGGUGUGCUACCUGGUAACGCUGGCCGCAACCUUGUAUUACACGAUGAUCGCACCCAGCUACUUGUUUGCGUUAGUCGCGAUAAUCACCCAGUUCAUCUCCUUACUCUACUUCCUCUUCUCCUACAUCCCCGGCGGGCAGAGGAUACUCGACAACAUAUUCGGCAGCUGCGGGCGCUGCUGCUGUCCCAGCCUGUGCGGCAGCAAGCCGGCGCCAAAACCCAGGGGCGCGCUCGGGAAUCCGUUUUACUGAUAUUGAAGCACGCGCUCGUUUUGGAGUGUCACAAGUACUUAGAAAAUUUCGAUUUGGAUUUCAUCUACCCCUACAGCUACUUUCAAAACGCAUAUUAAUUUCCUUGGCGACAAUUCUAUCCUGUCUCUGCCCCUUUCGCAAUACUGUAAAAACGUUCCCGCCGACGACAAAGACACGAUGAGAAUGAGGUUUAAAUUUCAGUAUCAACGUUGAUACUGUCUCUAGUAGUUCGAUACGAGAAGAAUAAGCACACUUCCGAUAAAGGAAGCUUGGGGCGUAUAUUGUGUCCAUGAUCAACAUGAGGAAGUAUUUGAAGCACUUAUGUUGUUCCUCUUGUUGCCUCACACAGAUUCAGAUACUAGUACGAAAUAAUUCGUAAAAUAC